CGCGUGACGAAUAACAGGUCGCGAGCGAUGUAUUAUAAAUAAAGGGUACGGAGACAGGUGAUAUUUUCAUUUUUCGCAUUCGGGCCCGAACCCUGUUUUCGCUACGUGGGUCCAAAUCCGCCAUACAAACCGCGCUUACAUCUCGAUGAUGUGCUAGUAUCCGUAACGAUGCUCUGUGUAAGACACGGGAGGAGACGCGGGGUCUCAUUGCUGUUUAAUCUGGUCCCGAAGGCUCUCUACUCGCGACGCAGCAGGAGCACGAGUUCCUACAAAGUCAUCAUCAUCAAGUCCCAUGGCGACUCUCUGGACGAUAUUGACAACAGUGCUUUGGCUGUCAAUUCAAAUUGGGAGUUAUUAAAGCCAAGCGGCUUUCGAUUUUAUCUGCCUGGAAGGGUAGGACCUGCUUGGUUAGAUGCUACAACUACUGCCCAGGUUAAGACUAAAUUUGUCAAAAUAUGCGAUGACAAAGAGUUUAUGGAACCUUUGAAUGAUAAGAAUAGAUAUCAAAAAAAUGUAGGAAACUGGAAAACCAUUCGACCAAUGUUAGAUUGUGAGGCACAAGAAUGUCCCAUUCUGUUGCGAAAAAGCAUAGAGGAAUUGUUCCCGGGAUGCUUAGAUGUAACAAUGUCACAUCUCACUAUUAUAACUAUUAGUCAAAAGGCAGAUCUCAAGUCGAUGAGAUGGCGUAAGGAAGCAGAAACUGAGAAACUCGCUAAAUAUUUUGUCCUAGCAGCCUCUGAAAUAUGUACAAAGCUCAUAAUGAUCGGUUAUUGGGCGGACUUUAUUAAUCCCUUCAGUGGGCAACCUUACUGGAGUUCGCGAAAGGAUGCCAGUUUAUACAAGACUGAUGAACGGUUUCGCUGCAUAGGAUUUAAAGUACAACAGAGGAACAAUUGUAAAAUUAUUACGUCUGAUAAUAGUCAACAAAAUUUUAUUGGAAGUCUUUAUACCACAGCACCGGCAAGCACAAAGUAA